UCGCCCUCGGACUUUUGGGUGUCUACAGCUACCGAGCAGCUGUCGGCAACGUCUUUUUUCCCUGGCAACACUCAGGCCGAACUACAUCCAACACAAGUCUCAACCUCCCCUUCUGUCGUCUGUAAGCGAUGAAAACAAAGUCACGUUCAGUCACAACACUGAGAACAAAGCCAGCUCAUUAGAGCAUAGAUUGAGCAGAGAUACUGAAAAGGGGAACAAUGGAGGCGCGCUUUGUGUACGUCUUCAUCUUGGGAAUCCUCUUCACGGGCACCAAAGACCUGCUGCGGUCCCAGAUCAUCACAUCAGAUGCCAGGUUGAAGAGCAGGGGAUUAUGGGAGAUUUACAGUGGCCUGGUCUUGUUGGUGACGCUGUUGUUUCGUGCUCACAACCUGCCGGUCCUCUGCUGCUGCCUGUUGAUCCAGACGCUCAUGGCCCAGUUCAUCUGGAAGAAACUCCACUACGACGCGGCACAAACUACCAUCAUGCACUACUGGUUUGGACAGGCCUUCUUUUACUUUCAGGGCAAUUCGAACAACAUCGCCACCGUUGACAUUUCAGUGGGCUUCGUUGGACUGGAAAGUUACGUAGAAGCACCGGCCAUCUUCUUAACGGCCCUCAGCACUUAUGCGGGGCCCCUGCUCUGGGCGUGCCACCUGGUCUGCUUCCUCAGCUCACAGAGAGACAGGAGCCCGGUUGCAGUCGGCCAUGGCUGCUACUGUCUGGCCCUGCUGAGGUCUGUGCCCGCUGCGGCCUACAUCGUGCUGGUGACCACUCUGCGCUACCAUCUCUUCAUAUGGAGCGUCUUUUCACCCAAAUUACUGUACGAGGCCAUGCACCUGCUGCUGACUGCGGGGGUCUGCCUCUUCUUCAACACCAUGGAGCAGAGCCACACUGCCAGUAAGUCUUAGGGGGCCAAACACGCAGUCCUUCCAUUACGGGGAGUCAAAAAGUCGUGAAAUAGUCUCUCUAUUCUACAUGUAAGACUUUCAGACUGAUACACUACUGAUGCUCACAAAGGGUCCUUCCUUUGGUUCGCAAGAAAUACUUUGGAAUGCACUUAAAAUGUAUUUUUGAGCCGUUUGUUUAAAUAUGAGUUGGAUGAAGAAUAAAAGUGAAAUUAUGUCAAGAUUUUUGAAAGAGGGAACCUUUUUGUUUUACAUAUAAAUACGUUAUAUUACCUCAGGGACUUCUGUACGGACAACUAGAAGGUUCGAUGUUGUGACUAAAUUGUGUUGAUGUUACAUGGAGAGCACCAUGUGUUGGGGGGGUAGUGAACACGGGGUGAUGUGUGUGUGUGAUAAUGCAGCUUAGCUUGUUAGCUAGCAGCUGCAUCCACACAGGUCUAAUGAAUGUGGCAGAGAAUGCUGAAAGUCACCUGAACUCAAUAUGUAUUUUGAACAGAGGACUUACGGACUUGAUAAAACGGCCAAUACAGCAUACAAUCAUGCACUCUUUACUUCACCAGAUUAUAACUCAUAAUGGGGUAAAUGGAUACUACUUUUGUGGUUUUCACAAAAGUGCAUCAAAGUCAUAGCAACAUAUCAAAGACAAAGAAAUCCCCCUACAUUUUUUAAUAACAUACAACAGGCCAAACUUGGCAUUUGAGGGUGAUAACGUCUGGAAAUUAAUAAAUGUUUGACAGUGAUUAUCAAAACUGAAUUUGGGUAAAAGGAAAUAAUAUUAAAAUACACUUUAUGGCAGUUUGAGGACAUAUGUCUAAUGUUUGGUA